AUGAAAACUUUAGCCAAGAAAACACUGCAAGGAGGUGUUUCAGGGAAAUGCGGCUCACAGAUCAUCAUAGCGCAUGGCCUGUUGGGCAACAGCACCAACUGGAUGUCGGUGGGACGUCGGCUUGCUGCACAUGAUGGGGUACGCGGAAGGCUUGAGGAAAUCCACAUGCUUGACAUGCGGAAUCACGGAGAAAGUCCCCACUUCAAUGCACACACAAAUGCAACGAUGGCAUCGGACAUCGAGCACUUUGUACUUCAGCAACAACGGCAGUGGCAAUCUCGAGCGGGGGCGGAAGGUGACGGGGGAAUAGUGUUAAUCGGGCACAGUAUGGGCGGAUUUGCCGUAAUGGGUUCGAUGCUUCGCCGUGCUAAUGAGACCUCGCUGCUGUUGCAGUCGGGUGUGGAGGAACUCGAGCAGCGCUGCAAACGCGGUGACUACUACGGUUGGUGUGACGAACAAGGGAAUGCAGCGGAGAUGCGGGCUGUGAACCGUGCGAUGGGUUUGCCGGAGACGCAACCGUUAUACGACAUAUUGUAUGACUGCAAGGGAGACAACGUUGCUCGUCCCCCGCGUGUGAAGGCGGUCGUCAUUGUGGACAUUACACCAUCCACUGCCUUGGGGACACAUCGGCAGCAUGGUCAAAACUCAUCGGAGACGCUUGAUGCCAUGGUGGCUGCUGACUUGUCUCGGGUACAUAGUUUUGGUGAUGGGAAUGCAGAACUUGAGCGAGUGGGUGUUUCGAAUAAGGCAAUGCGUGAUUUCCUGCUGACAAACCUUCGCCUCGAUCCAAGAACAAAGGAGGCAACGUGGCGGUGCAACCUGCCAGUCCUUCGCGCAGACUAUAAUUCUAUUGCACUAGGGGUGUCUGGUUGGUUUCUCUCUGCAAGUGAGAAAGUCUCACGUGACCGAGGCGGUGAGUUGGUGGCUCCGUUGAGGUGUUCGCUGCCUACAUUGUUCGUUUUUGGGCAAAAUUCACCCUACAACACACCUGAGGACCGUCGCCUCAUUCCUCGGUUUUUCUCAAAUGCGAUUGAAGUUGAGGUGGAGGGCGCUGGCCACUUUGUCCACUACGAAAAAAUGCAAGAGUUUGUGAACGUCGUAGUGCCGUUUUUGACGGAGUAUUUGUAA